AAGUUUUCAGGAAGCCUGACUUUCUUAAAACCGAAACUGUCCAAAGUUUGACAGGAAGUUUUCCGCUCGUCCAGCAGCUCGAACCUCGAUCGCUGAUAAUCAAUAAUCACUAGACAUGCAGGGCAGCGCUUACGGGGCCUCUUUGGCCGGCGGUGCUUUCGAUGUAGUGAACUUUGUCAGACAGCCUCAGACCAUCCUGCGCUGCCUGAGCUGGUUGUUUUCCAUUGUCGUAUUCGCGACUAUCACAGCAGAGGGCUACGUUAACGAAGCUGAAAAGCCAGAAGCCCAAUGCAUGUUCAACAGCAACGACAGUGCCUGCAGCUAUGGGGUGGGAAUCGGAGUCCUAGCCUUCCUGGCUUGUGUGGUCUUCCUCGUACUGGACGCCUACUUCCCACAGAUCAGCAACGCCAAGGAGAGAAAAUACAUUGUCAUAGGAGAUUUAGUCUUCUCAGCUGCUUGGACAUUGCUGUGGUUCAUCUGCUUCUGUGUCCUGGCCAGCCAGUGGUCCCACACUCUUGAUCAGACUGCUCUCCCUGGUGAUGCCGCGCGGGCUGUUGUGGCCUUCUCCUUCUUCUCAACCAUCACCUGGGCUCUCUCGUCCUACUUUGCAUAUGCACGGUAUAGUCAGGGCGUGAAUGACUUUGACCAGGACUACAGAGACCCAGCUAGCGACCAAACUACUCCAUACCCACCCGCCCCAUACCCCAGUGGUCCCACAGGCUACCAGCAGUCACCUUUCUCCCAAAAUCAGGAGCAGCCAGGGGACUACCAACCUCCAGCCUACUGAAGAACUGAGAUUCAAACGCAUGAAACCAACAGGGGAGUUUUCUUCUUUUUUUCAAUUAAAGACGUGUGCCAAUGUUUUCAUUUACAACCUGGAUGGUUCUCUGCACUCCAAUGUUCUUCCUGCAAAAGUGUUUGCAUGUUUUUGGGUGCACUGAUGCGUUUUUUAGUUCGUUCCGAUGUUGUAAGUUUUGGUCAAUUUUGGUUGUUGGGUUCCCAGGUGUUCACACACACACACACACAGCAAGUGAACUCUAAAGAUCUCAAAUUUUUUUAGAAGGAGAUUGUCUUGUUAAGAGUGAAGAUGACUGUGCCAUUGUUUCUUUGUACCAAAACAUUAGUAGUUCUUCCUAUGCUCCUUUUAUUUUGUGCAAUUUGAGAGCUGCUAAUGUCAAAGCACAAAUCAACAAACAGGUUAGGGUUUUUUUGUUGUCUGGAAAUCUGCUUUGCAUUGUUCAGAUGCAUAACAAUUUUUUUAUGAAUAUGUUACUGUUUAGUACACAUUUUUCUUGAAUGUCAAAUUCAUUUACAGCAGUUAAAAACAGGAAAUCAGUCCCUUUAAAAUGAUCCAGGUGUCUUUUUUGCUCAUAAAACAAACCCAUGUUAUUUAAUCUAUGGGUGCAUUGGAAAUGUUCCCUCUGUAACUACUGUAACGCCAUGUUUUUGUUUCUUUUUUUAAAUCACCAACCACUGAAAAAAUGGCUUUUAUGCACUGAGGCUGGGAGCAGUUAAUUUCCCAUAUCUGAUUUAAUAUUAGUUGCGAUGGUUUAAAUCCAACAUUUUAGUUUAUUAUUUAAGUUUAUUUUUUAUUUUUGAGGUAGCCAAACCAAUUGUCAGCUACCUCUGUAGACGUCUGUGUGCCUUAUUUAGUUCCUUUUCACUUUUUAUUCUUUCUAAUUCACAUUGUUUGAUUUCAGGAAUUCUUUAAUGUUGGGGAAAUUGAUAUAUUUAUUAUCCAACCUAAUCCUUUCAGUCCAGGUGCAUGACAAUCAAACCAUUGUUUUCAACGUUUCUUUUUCCCUCUUGCUUUUCCUUGUUUGUAAUCAUACCUUUUUACACAUGCUGCAGUUUUACUGUCAGGUUCAAAGGCUUUGCAAUAUUUCCCCAUUGAAGUGCCUUAUACAGUGUUCUGUAUAACACAAGGUGUGUCAAAUAAAAACUGAUCUGGUUUUGAA